AUGCUUGAGAAUUCUUUUUCAAACAAUUUUGUGUUAGAUGAAAAUGAAGAUGUUGAAGAUAUCCAAACUGUAAAAGAACAUUUACUCAAACAUUUUAAAAUUAAAACAAAAGAGGAAUUAAUGAAUAUUUUGUAUGGACCAAACUUUCAAAAAUCUUAUAUUGCUUCUUUUACUAAAUUACUGGCUGAAUGUCUAAACAACAACAAAUUAGCCACAAAAAUAUUUUUUGAUGCUGGUUAUUUAUUAGCUGCUCAUAUUUGUGCAAUUAGCAAACAUUUUGAUGAAGAAUUUUAUACAAAUAAAGUCUCAAUUUUAUUAAUUGGUUCAGUCUUUAAAAGUUGGCAAUUGUUAAGGAAAGGAUUUGAAAGAUGCUUGGCAACAAAUGUUUCAAAUUGUUUAGAGAAAAAUCAAAGGACUUUCCGAAAAGUUGCUUUUUAUCAACCUACAAGUUCUCCAGCAAUAGGGUAUGAAAGGAUUAUUUAUAAGGGGUGGGGGGGGGGGGGGUGUAUUCGGGGAAAGAUCUUUGGGAUAUCCUGGACCAAAAAAAUUAAAAACCUUUCUGGGAAAUUUUUUUUCCAUCGGUUCGUAAUCCGAUCGAGAAUGCUCCUUUCUUCGGUCCUGUUCUGAAACCGAUAACUCUUCUUAUAAGUGAUGGGGUUUUUUUUUAAUUCGAAACAAGCAAGAAGUAAAAAUUUGUUGGGGAAAAUGGGAAAUAUAGGUUUCGGAAAUUUCAGCAAAGAUGA